CAGCUGAUAAUGACAGGUGCUCGUCGACGUGUUUUUCUUUCAAAAAACCCAAAUAAGAUGAAUAAUAUAAUUUUUAACUAAAAUUUCACUUUUAAUAUUUCCUGGCUCCGUAAAAACCUCCGAGCCAUGUCGUCGUCCGCCAUUUACAUCCUGGACAUUAAGGGCAAAGUCCUGAUCUCCCGAAACUAUCGGGGCGACAUAGACCUGAGCGUUAUAGAGAAAUUCAUGCCCCUCCUAAUGGAGAAAGAGGAGGAGGGCAUGUUAACUCCGAUUCUCCAGACUAACGACUGCACUUUCGCUUAUAUAAAAACCAAUAACUUAUACAUAGUGAGUACCACCAAAAAGAAUGCGAAUAUAGCCCUGGUGUUUGUUUUUCUGCACAAAAUCGUUACUGUAAUGACUGAGUACUUUAAAGAAUUGGAAGAGGAAAGUAUCAGGGACAAUUUCGUGGUGAUUUACGAGCUAUUAGAUGAACUAAUUGAUUUUGGCUAUCCUCAAACUACCGAUAGCAAAAUAUUACAAGAAUACAUUACGCAAGAAGGUCAUAAACUGGAAAUUCAAGUUAGGAUCCCAGUAGCUGUAACCAAUGCCGUUUCUUGGAGGUCUGAAGGCAUUAAAUAUCGUAAAAAUGAAGUUUUCUUAGAUGUUAUAGAGUCGGUUAACUUGUUAGCUAACGCUAAUGGGAAUGUAUUGAGAAGUGAGAUUGUUGGAGCUAUUAAAAUGAGGGUGUAUUUGUCUGGAAUGCCUGAGUUAAGACUAGGACUAAAUGAUAAAGUACUAUUUGAAAGCACCGGCAGAGGCAAAUCCAAAUCUGUAGAAUUAGAAGAUGUAAAAUUCCAUCAGUGUGUAAGACUGUCGAGAUUUGAAAUUGACAGAACGAUCUCUUUUAUCCCUCCGGACGGUGAGUUUGAACUCAUGUCCUACAGACUUAACACCCAUGUAAAACCAUUAAUCUGGAUCGAAUCGGUGAUCGAGAGACACGCCCACAGCAGGGUCGAGUAUAUGAUUAAGGCCAAAUCUCAAUUUAAAAGAAGAUCUACCGCUAACAACGUGGAAAUCGUGAUUCCGGUACCGCAUGACGCGGAUUCACCCAAGUUUAAGACUACCAUUGGGAGUGUAAAGUAUGCACCCGAACAGAACGCAAUUACUUGGACUAUCAAGUCUUUUCCUGGAGGUAAAGAAUAUUUGAUGAGAGCCCACUUUGGCCUUCCGAGUGUAGAAUGCGAAGACUCAGAAGGAAAACCCCCGAUCCAGGUGAAAUUCGAAAUACCGUACUUCACCACUUCCGGUAUUCAGGUGCGUUAUUUGAAAAUCAUCGAAAAAAGCGGCUAUCAAGCUUUACCCUGGGUGAGGUACAUAACUCAGAACGGCGAUUACCAAUUACGUACUAAUUGACCCAUUAGUUGCAUUUUUUUUAAUAAUUUUAAGAUUAACAUUAUUGUUAUUGCAAUUUGAUAGUAUUAGAUUGAUUUAAAAAAAAUAGUAUUAUUUCUAAUAAUUGUCUUAAAAUAUUGUUUAAUAAAGUCAUUGAUUUGAA